CGUCGGCCGGAGAAAGGGGCGCAUUCAUUCAUUCUCCUCCGCUCGAGCCGAGCCGAUCGGGGCGCUCACGGCAGCCUUUCGCUCGCCCGCUUGAAACUGUCCCGCCGCUGCUUCCCGCGCCGGGAUAGAAACGCCUGAAAGCGAAUUGAGGAGGGGGAAAAAAGGAAGAAAAGAAAAGAGGAAAAGAGGAGAAAAGGAAAGAAAAGGAAAGGGGGGAAAGGAAAAAGGAAAAGGAAAGGAAAGGAAAGGAAAACUUUCGAGCACGGAGAUCAAGUGGAUUAAUCGGACCCGAUCCCCCUGGGCUUGCCAAUGGCCAAAGGAGAAGGAGCUGAGAGCGUCUCCUCGGCUGGCCUUUUGCAACCGAGCAUCUUAAAACCGGAGGAGCUGAUCCGAUCCAAGAGAGAAAGCAAAGCCAAGCUAUCGAUAUGCAGCAAAGUGUGUUAUGCCAUUGGUGGAGCACCUUAUCAGAUCACUGGUUGUGCUUUGGGAUUCUUUCUCCAGAUUUACUUGUUGGACGUGGUGCAGAUGGACCCCUUCUACGCAUCCAUCAUCCUUUUCGUGGGACGUGCGUGGGAUGCCAUAACUGACCCGCUGGUGGGUUUCUUCAUCAGUAAAAGCUCCUGGACCUGCUUUGGACGCCUGAUGCCCUGGAUUAUCUUUUCCACUCCCUUUGGUGUCAUCUCCUACUUCAUGAUAUGGUUGGUGCCCGACAUCUCUCAAGGGCAAGUGAUGUGGUACCUUUUCUUCUACUGCAUUUUUCAGACCCUCAUUACGUGCUUCCAUGUUCCUUAUUCGGCCCUCACCAUGUUCAUCAGCAGAGAGCAGAGCGAAAGGGAUUCUGCCACAGCCUACCGCAUGACAGUAGAAGUGCUUGGCACUGUCCUAGGAACAGCCAUCCAAGGACAGAUUGUGGGGAAAGUAGAUACUCCUUGUAUUCCCGACCCACCUUUCUUGAACACGAACAAUUCUUCGGUGGUCUUAGAAGAAGUCAACAUCACCCGGGACACUGGUUCGCUUUCUGAUACGAGAAAUGCCUAUAUGAUUGCAGCCGGGGUCAUUGGUGGGAUUUAUAUUCUUUGUGCUACCGUUCUGUCUCUAGGCGUCCGGGAAAGGCAAGAAUCUUCUGAACUUCAAUUGGCCGAGCCGGUUUCCUUCUUCCAGGGUUUGAAGCUGGUUAUGAAACAUGGACCCUACAUCAAGCUGAUUGCAGCUUUCCUGUUCACCUCCCUGGCUUUCAUGCUGUUGGAAGGAAACUUUGCCUUGUUCUGCACUUACACCUUGGGGUUCCGCAACGAGUUCCAGAACAUUCUGCUCGCCAUCAUGCUCUCGGCCACACUGACCAUUCCUUUCUGGCAGUGGUUCCUUAUACGUUUUGGGAAGAAAACUGCUGUUUACAUUGGCAUCUCGUCUGCCACUCCUUUCCUCAUCUCGGUUGUGAUUUUGGAAAGCAACCUCAUUAUGACCUACGUGGUAGCCGUUGCAGCUGGAAUGAGCGUGGCCGCUGCUUUCCUCUUGCCGUGGUCUAUGUUGCCAGAUGUGGUGGAUGACUUCAACCUCCAGCACCCGGAUUGCAGAGGCCAUGAAGCUAUCUUCUUCUCUUUCUACGUCUUCUUCACCAAGUUUGCUUCUGGAGUGUCUCUGGGGAUCUCCACGCUCAGUUUAGACUUUGCAGGAUACAAGACUCGAGGCUGCUCCCAGCCGGAGGAGGUGAACCUGACUUUGAAAAUGCUCGUCUCUGCAGCCCCGGUGGCAUUGAUCAUCCUUGGCCUGCUCCUUUUUAAGCUCUACCCCAUCGAUGAGGACAGGCGGAAAAAAAACAAGAAAGCUCUGCAGGAUUUAAGGGAUGAAGAGAGCAACAGUAGCACCGAGACAGAUUCUACAGAAUUAGCCAGUAUCGUUUGACCUUACCUUGUCUUGGUUUACCCCCCCUCUGGGAUCCUCUAAAACAUGGGGCCACCAUGACAUCUUACUGUGAAAAACUUGCUUCCAUGGGAGAGCACUUGUGAAGCCUUAAAGACUGCUCUGGAAAUCAAAUAUGGAUCGACGUUGUGCCUUAAGUAGGAUCCAUGGAUCACCGAUUGUCAAACAUACUUUGCCUUUUGGUACUCCAAUAAGAUACCUCUAACUAGAACAGAGGUCUUCAAACUUGGCAGCUUUAAGACUUGUGGACUUCAACUCCCAGCUAUGCUGGCUGGAGAAUUCUGGGAAUUGAAGUCCACAAGUCUUAAAGCUGCCAAGUUUGAAGACCCCGAACUAGAACAAGCAUCAUCUCAGUGCGUCUUUUACCAGAAUUGGUUUGGAAAAAAAAACUCUGUUGUGUUGUGAUAUCUUUUAAACAUAUGCUAUUUAUCACUAAUCCAGCCACUGAAUGGUGCAAAUCUGUGAAGUACUGUAAGUGUAUUUUGGUAUGUUUUUUCCUAUUCAAUAUUGCAUUAUAUAUUAUAUUAUCAUGGGCCCAGAUGGUGCUUUUUUUUUUGGUGUAUAUUACACCGGUGGCUUGACCUUGUCAAAAUAUGACCUAGUACUGUUUUUUUUUUCUGUAAAUAAGAUGCAACUAAUGAACCAUCCUGUGAUGUUCCCGUUUAUAUAUAAGUAUAAAUAUAUAAAUAUAUAAAUAUAUAUUUGUAUAUAUCAAGAAGAAGCUAAUUAAAGUAACUUAAUGCUGUACAUAUAAAAAUGUCAUGUUUUCCUAUUUGUAUAUUGUGUACAGAAAGAAAUCUGUGGAU